CUAUUAUCAUACUGUCAACAAACACAGAUGAGAUAUUUUUUUUUUUUUGUAAAUUUAUGGUAAUAAAAGGAUUCGGUGAAAAUGAAUCAACUACAGAAUUUAUUACAUGAUGCUUUGAUAUCAACUGAUAAUGUACAACAAUGUGCUAUUAUUAGAAGAAAAGAUUUAUCUAUUAGAGCUAGUUCUGUUGGUUUUCAUUUAUAUCCAGAUCAAGUACAACUAUUAUUAGAUUCAUUUAGAAAUCCACCACAAACUAGAGAAGAGGGAAUAUAUUUUGAUGAUAGACAAUACAAAUGUGUGAGAGCAGAUAAAAAUUCAAUUUAUGGAAAAUGUGAUGACCGAGGUUUAAUAUUAGUGAGAACUGUAACAUUAUUAAUUGUUGCUACCUAUACAGAGAGUAUGUAUCCUAGUGUCUGUGUUGAAGCUGUAGAAAAAUUAGCUGAUUACUUCAAAGAGAAAGGAAAAUGAUGAAACCAUGACAGUUUAAUGCAACACAAACUGUGAUAUUUGUUAAUGUAUUAUUUUUUUAAUUUCCUGUUACUAAUCAUUCUAUGCAUUUGUAUAUAUUGAAAAACAUUAUUUUGUACAAAAAAUAAUUAUUCUUCUGUUG